ACGGGGCAACGGACACGCGCAGGGACGCGGGGCAAAAAGGCAGCAAGCAACACGGAGCGACGCGAGUGGAGACGCGUCCGGGGGAGGGCGAAAAGGGCGAGACCCUUGUGGAAGGAAACUGGGGAAAAAGAGGGGGAGGUUUGGCACGUGCGUGAACCGCGGGUUUGCACAAACCCUACUUUCCCUUUUCGGCGAAGGGAUUUUUCACCGUCCUUCGUCGGCGGGGCCGUCGCGGCGGCGCGAAAGGGAGAGGGUGAGGGGGAGAGAGCGGGAGGAAGGAAGCAAGAGCGGUGGACGGGUGAAAGCUGGUGGUCCAUUUUUCACCAUGCUUUUUUCUUCAAGAAGUAGACACUGGACGGUCAUAUUGAAGCCUGUACAGACUAGUUCAAAACCAAAAAACAACACAGAAUGGUCAACGUUAUUUCCAAGAAGAGAAAGCUCGUCGCUGACGGUGUCUUCUACGCCGAAUUGAAUGAAUUCUUCACCAGAGAAUUGCCAGAAGAAGGUUACGCUGGUUGUGAAGUCAAGAUCACCCCAACCAAGACUGAGGUUAUCAUCAAGGCCACCAGAACCAACGCCGUUUUGGGUGAAAAGGGUAGAAGAAUCAGAGAGUUGACCAUGUUGAUCCAAAAGAGAUUCAAGUUGGCUCCAGGCUCCAUCAUCCUCUACGCUGAAAGAGUGCAAAACAGAGGUCUCUCUGCUUCCACCCAAUGUGAAUCCUUGAAGUUCAAGUUGUUGAACGGUUUGGCUGUCAGAAGAGCUGCCUACGGUGUCAUCAGAAACGUCAUCGAGUCCGGCGCCAAGGGUGUCGAGGUUGUCAUCUCCGGUAAGUCCAAGGGUGCCAGAGCCAAGGCUAUGAAGUUCGGUUCCGGUUUCAUGAUCCACUCCGGUCAACCAGUUAACGACUUCAUUGAGGUUGCCACCAGACACGUUCUCUUGAGACAAGGUGUCCUUGGUUUGAAGGUCAAGAUCAUGACCGACCCAGCCCUCAACAAGAAGGGUCCAAAGUCCUUGCCAGAUUACGUCAAGGUCCUCGAUCCAAAGGAAGACGAAAGAAUCGAAGAGCCUUCUGUCAUUGUCCACAAGUCUGUUGCUCGAGCACCUUCUGCCGAAGCUACCGAGGUUGCCACCGAAGCUUAAACCUAGUUUAUCCCUUGUGUAUUUCUAUAUAAAGUAAGAUAACUGUGUCUCG